UAUACUCUUUAUAUCCUAUGUGAAUAUGAAAAUACACAUUCCGAUACCUGAGAUCAUUGAGUCAUCAGGUUAAGCACAUAUGAUUCAUUCAGAUCCAAGUCCUGAUAGAAAAUGAGUACAGAUAUCCACAAACUCCUUUUUGGCAUUUCUGAUGCACUGGCCAAGGACGACCUGGCAGCUCUGAAGUUCCUCAGCCUGGAGCACAUCCCCUUGAGGAAGCAGGAGGCCAUUCAGGAGCCCAAGGCCUUCUUCCAAGUGCUGCAGGAGAAAGGCCUGAUCGAGGUGGGGAAUCUGGCCUUCCUGAAGGAGCUGCUCUACCGCAUCAAUCGCAUGGACAUCCUGACCUGCCACCUGGGCUCCAGCCGAGAGGAGAUGGAGCGGGAGCUUCGGAUCCCGGGCAGAGCAAAGGUGUCACGCUACAGACAACUGCUAUAUGGAAUUGCAGAAGACUUAACUCCAGAAGAUGUCAACAGUGUGAAAUUCCUGCUGCAAAAACAAAUACCAAAGAGCAAGCUCCAGGAUAAUGCUUCAAUGUUGAUGGUCUUACUGGAAAUGGAAAGAAACGGAGUAAUUAAAGAAGAGGAUGUAACAAUGCUGAAGGAUAUAUUAAAGGGAUUUAGAGCUGACCUAAAGAAAAAAAUUGAUAUCUAUGAAGAAGAAACAAAAGAGAAUGUUCCUGAGGAAAAACUCUGCUAUCCAACAUGCGUUCCUGUGAAUCCAGCAGAACAAGGAGCAGAGGGGGGAACACAAACACACCUGCUUGUGGAAUCAUAUAAGAUGGAAAACAACCCCCAUGGUUACUGUGUGAUUCUUAACAACUACAUUUUUAAAAAUCCUAGAGAAACUAGGGAAGGAACAGUGCAAGAUGGAGAGGCACUGAAGAGGGUCUUUAAGUGGCUUCAGUUUGACACAGUUGAAUACAUGGAUCUAGAAGCAAACCAAAUAUAUGCAAAAGUUAAAGAAUACAGCAAAAAAGAUCACAGCAAUAUGGACAGUUUUGUUUGCGUCAUCCUUUCACAUGGUGAUAAAGAUAAAAUAAAAGGCAUUGAUCAGGAGUUCGUAAAUAUUAAAGAUUUACUCUCUUGCUUCACGGGAUCUAACUGUCCCUCUCUUGCUGGAAAACCCAAGCUGUUUUUUAUCCAAGCUUGCCAAGGGUCUGCAGGUCACCCAGCUGUCACAAUAAAAGAAGAUUUUUCUGGCUGUCUUGAGACAGAUGCUAUCCCUCUGACUUCCAUACCUGACCGGGCUGAUAUUCUGAUUGGGUUGGCUACCAUGGAAGACUUUGAGUGCUACCGCUGCAAGAGUGGCAGUGUUUACAUUCAGUGCCUCUGUGACAAGAUGGAGUUGCUUUGCCCACUCCGCAAGGAUCUUAUUACCAUCCUGACAGAAGUGAACAAGGAAGUGGGAAGAAGAGUACUAAAUGGAUGGAAGCAGAUGCCAAAAAUAUCAUCAACCCUAAGGAAGCAAUUGAUCUUUCAAGUUCCACAAUCCCAAUCAACAGAAAAUAAAUAA